GCUGAUGUCAGGGCGCGGGAGGCGGUGGCGGUGCCGGUGGUGCGGGCAUGGCGGUGUCGCUGCGGCUGCUGCCGCUCUGCGCGAUGCUGCUGCUGCCGCUGCCCCUGCCCGGGGCUCCGCGCAGGCCGCCGCGCUGCGGGCCGCCCUGCAGCUGCUGGCGAGAGUCGGCGCUGUGCGUCGGGGCAGCGGGGGCCCCCCGCGGGCUGCCCGCCGGCCUGGGGUCCUUGAGCCUGGUAAACGGGACGUUCGCCGAAGUCAAGGACAGGAUGUUUUCCCACCUGCCCUCCCUGCAGCUGCUCUUGCUAAACUCCAAUUCCUUCACUGUUAUACGAGAUGACGCCUUUGCUGGUCUCUUCCAUCUAGAAUACCUAUUCAUUGAAGGAAAUAAAAUUGAAACCAUUUCAAGAAACGCUUUUCGUGGCCUUCGAGACCUGACUCACCUUUCUUUGGCCAAUAACCAUCUCAAAGCUCUGCCGAGGGAUGUCUUCAGUGAUUUAGAUUCUUUAAUUGAACUAGAUUUAAGGGGAAAUAAAUUUGAGUGUGACUGCAAAGCCAAGUGGUUGUUUUUGUGGUUAAAGAUGACAAAUUCCACUGUUUCUGAUGUCCUGUGUAUUGGUCCAGCAGAAUAUCAGGAUAAGAAGUUAAAUGAUGUGACAAGUUUUGAUUAUGAAUGCACCACUACAGAUUUUGUUGUUCACCAGAUUUUGCCCUACCAGUCAGUUUCAGUGGAUACAUUCAACUCAAAGAAUGAUGUGUUCGUAGCCAUUGCACAGCCCAGCAUGGAGAACUGCAUGGUGCUGGAGUGGGAUCACAUUGAAAUGAAUUUCAGGAGUUAUGACAACAUCACAGGUCAGUCCAUAGUGGGAUGUAAAGCCAUUCUUGUUGGUGACCAAGUGUUUGUGGUGGUGGCACAGCUCUUUGGUGGCUCACACAUUUACAAGUAUGAUGAAAGCUGGACAAAGUUUGUCAAAUUCCAGGAUAUUGAAGUAUCUCGCAUUUCCAAGCCCAAUGAUAUAGAGCUUUUUGAGAUAGAUAGUGAAAUGUUUUUUGUCAUAGCAGAUAGCUCUAAAGCGGGUUUGUCAACAGUGUACAAGUGGAAUAACAAAGGAUUUUACUCAUACCAGUCCCUUCACGAGUGGUUCAGGGACACUGAUGCUGAGUUUCUCGAUAUAGAUGGGAAAUCACAUCUAAUCCUCUCUAGCCGUUCUCAGGUUCCCAUUAUACUCCAGUGGAACAAAGCUUCCAAAAAGUUUGUUCCACACAGUGAAAUCCCCAACAUGGAAGAUGUCUUGGCUGUGAAGAGUUUCAGGAUGCAGGAUAAUCUGUACAUCACACUCACGAGAUUCAUUGGUGACUCCAGAGUUAUGAAAUGGAAUAGCAAGCAGUUUGUGGAGAUACAGGCUCUUCCAUCCCGAGGAGCCAUGACGCUGCAGCCUUUCUCCUUCAAGAACAAUUACUACCUAGCUUUGGGAAGUGACUAUACCUUCUCCCAGAUUUACCAGUGGGAUGGUGAAAAGAAGAUUUUCAGAUUAUUUAAGGAAAUCUAUGUGCAAGCACCACGGUCUUUCACAGCUGUGUCAACGGAUCGAAGAGAUUUUUUCUUUGCCUCUAGUUUUAAAGGAAACACUCAAAUAUUUGAACACAUCAUCAUUGACUUGAGUUUAUGAAAAGCUGCUGGAGUGAAUUUCAUGUGCAAUGACAUUUAUACACAGACAAAACAACAGAGACAUUUCCAAAACCAGGGUGCACCUAUGGAGUGUGAUGACAUUUUCUGAACUUUUCAAACUUGCGUAUUAAUCAGGGAUUGCAUUUACUUGGUUACUGCAUGACAUGUUCGUUUUAUCCUUUUUCAAAGACAUUUUGCAAUCUGCAGUCAUUCAGAGGAGAGUGCAGUGCAUCAGGAUUAAUGUUGACAUCUAAGACGAUGGUCUCCAUCUUACCCAGAAAACUACGUUGAACUGAACAUCUCAUAAGGAAAAUGAAGACUGACCCAUACAAAGCAUAGAAAUUAUCUUGACUCUUAAACAAGCAUGUUAGUAAUGAUUUUAAGACUAGAGCCAGUUCUUCAUGAUUGCUGAUGAAUUGCAGAAUCAAACAGUAACGUUCCAGAGCAGACUUUAUUUUGGUUUCUUGAAGCCUAUCUUCAAAAUCUGUUUUUGUGGUUAUAGUAAGUCUAAGGCGUCAUUUUAAAUCAUUGAAGGUUAAAGGCAAGUCAAAAUCUAUUGCCAUUUUUCUUCCAUUAUUCACUAUUUCAGCAACAAAUGUAUAAUAAGUAGCUCAGCCCACAGUAACUGGGUAGCUAGGAAAGGAACAGUUUGUCACUUCUGGACUGUAAAGUCUUAACAUAGAAAACAACAGGUCUGCAUGGUGCCAUGAAUGAAUGAACUACAAAUUCCAUCCACUUUCUGUUUUAAUGGGUAUUCCAGAAAUCUAUGUCAUUUUGCCCUAAUUCAUGCUUUUUCUGAUGAUCCCUCUAGAUUCUGGGGUGUUUUAACAAGUAUGUUGUGAUUUCUCAGUCUAGAAAGCGCAGCUGAAGCUUAGCCUGAAGCGUGCAUCUACAUUCAUGCACUCCAUGCUGUAGCUCGUCUGCAUGCAGUGAGAUGAUUUACUCUCCAGUGCUCCCCCAGAACAACUCACAAGCAAUAUAUUGAGGUUUGGGUUAUCACAAGCUGUAUUGGGGGAAUCCUCCUGGCUGAGGUCUAGAUAUGACUUCAGUAUUGCUGAGUCUUUUGAAACCAAGGCAGCAGGAACUGUUUCAGGCUAGAGCUAUCCUUGCCUCCAAGAAAGACUUUCCUCUUGGUGACUCCAGGCUUUUUCCAGGUUGCCAACCCACUGAAAGUUAAACUGGAGAAUUUAAACACACUGUGCCCUAUUGGUGUUUUGGGUGGAUACAGACUAAGGCAUUCAGUCAUCCUAAACAGGGCCGUCUUGGCACAUCCUCUGUCAGGAUAACAGCAAGUGACUGUUUUCCUUGAAGGGCUCUCUACCAUUCUUACCCAGCAAAACUGUGUAUCAGAGCCCUUGUUUGUUCACUUACACAGUGUGUUUCUUUGAGUUUUCAUACCACUUAGCAUACUAGGUUGUUUUACUAUGUCUUGCUGCUGAAUUGCUGCCUUGGAUAAAUAGGGAGGCUUUGCAUAAAGCAGGCAGAGCAAAAGAAACUGUCCUUUAUUCCUUCAUACUCACGGCUAUCUCUGUGCUGAGUGAGGUUUACUUUUUCUCCUUGGACAUGUGAAACAUGGCUUAUUAUUACAAAUAGAGAUGUUCUUAUAGGAUGUCCAAUGUCCAACAUGCCUUCCCCAACUUUUGCCUCAUUCCUAUGAAAUAAAAUUAUUACUUGUCUGUCAGACCCAACUCAUUUUAUUCUGUUUUUAAAUGACAUCUUUGGGUUUUCCCUAUAGAGAUGCUCAUCCUGGUUUUAUUUUUUAUUACGUUGGCAAUUUAGCCUAUCCAGCCAUCUGAAGUACUGAGCACUGGCCUCCGAAUCCCAAUGUGGUUUCAGCCCUGGUGGUUCAGUCAGACCAGUAAAUGCAAACUAAGCCUCUGCAGUAGGUUUUAGCAAUACCUCUCCUAGGAUUAAGCUAACAAAUCCGACAAAACAGGGAUGAUUCAUAUGUUUGCCAGUGAAUGAGAUUUCUUACCCUGUUCCCAGUUUACUUUUUGAAGUGGGUAUGCCUGGCAAGCGGUGUUUCUUCAACCUGUGUCGCGGAAGAAUUUGUUACUGCUUUUCUGUUGAGCAUGCAUGUUUGAGUAAGAGUCAGAUGUUCUGAUGAGGAGGAGCAUUUCUCAGCAUGCCAGCACUUUCUUUUACGGCUCGCUGUGGGUAGCAUUCCCUCAGCAAGGGGCAUCAGGCAGAGCUAAAAAGCUAGUUUAGAGAAACUGGAUCCUGGCCAUUUUUACUUGAAGGGAAGCAAGAGGAUGGUGGAAAAAGGCUUGUGUAUCAAAUACCAAUACCAGGAGAUUGUACUGUUUCAAGAGCCAAGGGGAUUUUGAGACUUGGCUAUAGACUUGAAUUAAAUUAAAAUGGUCUCUGCAGAGACAGGCUUAAUAAAGAGGAUAGAGUGAUCCGUAGGAGUCCAGCUCAUUCACAUGGGACCAGAAAAAGUAAGUGAGGGAAAUUAAUUCUGUGGGAGGCUGCCACUUCUGCUGAGUAGCUGAGUUGGUUGGCCAGAAGGGCCAGCUCAGCAUCCCUCCUGGCUUCAGGAGGAACUUGGAGUCAGGCACUGUCCCUCCUGUUCUGCUGAGUUAGUACAGGAGGUCAGAGCAGCCAAGAGGGAGGGUAAAAAGCGCCAGCUGAUGUAGAAAAGGUUAUGGUAUGCUUCACAGGAUUAAACAAAGGCAGGGGCUCAGAAAACAUGUUCUGUGCUUCCUGCUCUCAAGGAAAGGUGCAGGAUGCAACCAUAACAACAGAAAUCACUAAGCAUCAAGAAUACUGCCUUUCCAAAUGCAACAAUGGUUUUGUCUCCAUGCCCUAUAUUCUAUAAUAGAAAUUGGUUUGAAUAGUAAAUUAACUAUGCAUAUACAUAAUUUAUUGAAACUGUUAGACCAUAAGGACAGUGAGAAAGGAUAAAAGAACAUGCCACCUGGUAAUUUUUAAGGUAUUCUAAAAUACAUGCAACUAUGUAAAGAACAGUAGUUUAUAUAAGCAUAGAUUUAAUACAAUGUGAUAGCUACAGUGGGAGCUUUUUAAGGCUGUAUAUACAUUGUGCUUUUUUUAGUAAAGAAGAGCUGAUGCAGUCAAUGCUACUGACAUGUGUAUGCACUCUUUCAAUAUAUGAAUAAAAUGUAGUUAAUGAGACUAA